UUCUUAGGGUUUAUCCUCCAAAGUCACAGUCCCCUUCUCUUAUCCUCAAGAAAUGGCGGCGACACAACUAACAGCAUCACCAGUGACAGUGUCAGCCAGGAGCUUAUCCUCACUUGAAGGUCUCAGAGCUUCGAGUUCAAAGUUUGGAACUUUGAAACCAGGCACCCUUAAGCAUAGCCAGUUCCGUUCUUUGGUUGUCAGAGCUGCUUCUGUUGUUGCUCCCAAGUAUACUUCGAUUAAGCCAUUGGGAGAUAGAGUUUUGGUGAAGAUCAAGGAGGCAGAGGAGAAGACUAUGGGAGGUAUCUUACUUCCAUCUACCGCUCAAUCAAAGCCUCAAGGUGGUGAAGUCAUUGCUGUGGGUGAAGGAAGAACUAUUGGGAAGAACAAAAUAGAUAUCACUAUCCCUACUGGAGCACAAAUCAUUUACUCCAAAUACGCAGGAACUGAGGUGGAGUUCAACGAUGUGAAGCAUCUCAUUCUCAAGGAAGAUGACAUUGUUGGUCUUCUUGAGACAGAGGACAUCAAAGAUCUCAAGCCCUUGAAUGACCGAGUCUUCAUUAAGGUUGCUGAAGCAGAGGAGAAAACAGCUGGAGGGUUGUUGUUAACCGAGACUACCAAAGAAAAGCCUUCUAUUGGCACGGUUAUAGCAGUUGGACCAGGUACUCUAGAUGAGGAAGGUAAGGUUCAGCCACUAUCGAUAUCAACUGGAAGCACAGUUCUUUACUCCAAGUAUGCGGGUAACGACUUCAAAGGCAAAGAUGGUUCAAACUACAUUGCCCUGAGAGCUUCGGAUGUGAUGGCCAUCCUUUCUUAGUUUAUAUUUUUGUAACUUGCAAUUUGUAUCCCUAUUGUGGAAAUUUUUCAUAGACAGGCAUGAGCAUAAUCUGAAAUAAAGACUUGAGUUUCAAU